GCAACUUACUUUCGCUUUGCUUCGUAACAGAAUAGGCUAGUAAAAACAACAUGUUUGUGUUUUUACAGUAUAUACAUCAAACUGUAUGCUAUUUUAGGAAUUAUUACAAUCUGAGUUAAUCUGAACAAUAAACACAGCCGAAGACAUGUUCCUCUUUGGAUGGUUAGGUUCACCUGCAACUGCAAUGCGGAUUUAUUUGGGUCUACUGAUCUACGUCCCGUUCUCACAUGGUUCAGAUGUUGACACAGUUGAGGUCCAGUACACAGUGCAUCGUGGCCCAGAUGGCAAGCUGCAGUUUCAGCAGACAACUCUGUUCAAUGGACACGUGAUAUUUUCCUGCAACGGCCAAACACUGAGAGACCAACCACAACAGGACUGGGUAACACAUGCAUUCACCCAAGAGGAACUGGAGGAAAGACAUCAGCAGUGUAAAAGUCAGUGCAAUGAGCACUUUGCUUGGUUUGAGAAGAUAAAACAAACGAUCACUGUUUCAGCAGAUAUUCUUCAAAGACGUCGAGGUUGCUUAAUCAACAGCUUAGGAAAGUCUUCCUUUGAUAAGUGGGGUGUGAAUGGAGAGGACUUCCUGACCUUUGACCCCCAUGCUCUUAAAUGGACGGCUCAGACUGAUGAGGCCAACGCUUUAGCAACACGGUGGGAUGGAGAGCACUUUAUGAAUAAUGCUUACAAAGAUUUUGCCAAUAAACUGUGUAGCAAGACCCACAACUUGAUGGAGUUAGCAGCAAGGCCCAGUGAUGAUGCACACACAGGUGUGGAGCUUCAUACAUUUGCUGACCCCAUCGCAGGAGGAACUGUCUCAUAUUUACAGUGUCAUGUGACAGGCUCCAGCCUAUCAGGAGUAAGGAUGUAUUUAGCUAAAGAUGGGGAUACUCUUGGUCGAGGAGUUUAUCAGACUGGAUUACGACCCAAUGGAGACGGAACAGCUCAGAUGAGGGUCCUGGUUAAGACCACAAUAGACAACAGCAAAACAUAUCGAUGUGAAGUUCACAGUGAGACUUUCAACAAGUCUGCUGUCUUUGAUGACCCAUCUCCUCACCAGAGUACUGAGAAAUGGACUGUUGUGACUGUUAUUGGGACUAUUAUAUGUAGUCUGGUGAUUCUUGGGGUAAUGAUUGGUUGCCCUGUGUUGGUGCUGCAUGUGAGGAAGAUGAGGAAGGUGAGGAGGAAAGCGGUGGCAGCAGCAGCGGAAGAGGCAGAGCAGCUAUAAUCACAAGGUCUCCCAACUGAUGACUGAUCCUCAUCUUCAGAUUCAACUAGUGAAGCCUUUCAAAGAAAUCUGAAAAAGAAACUGUGAUGCAUCACACUGAUGGCAGGUCAACUUGAGAUUCAACUCAAAGAUUGAACCCUUCCA